UCAAGAUCUCCCCAGUCUUAAAAUGUAAAAAUGUCUGAAGGGUGAGUGAGUUUUUUAUUGUAAAUUCAGUAAAGGUAACAAAAUCCAUAGGCAAGUGAGUCAUUUUAGAUAAAAAAAAAAAACACGUGUAAUUAUUACACUAAUUUCGGUGGUUGUAUGUAAAUACUGUGAGAUAUCGUUUACUGUAUCACAGAAUUACGAAUUACAUAAAAAUAUUGUUUUAUACGAAGAAAAUAUAAUUAAAUUUAGAUAUUUUAAAGAACUAUUUUUCCUGAUUAUGACACAAUAGUUGUGUGGUUCACUAACAGUCGAAAGAAAUACGUUGGAUGGCGUAAUCAGAUUGAUUUCGAUCAAGCAACUGAACAAACUGCUUAAGUAAAUCGUAAAAAAUAUCCAAAAGUUUCUGAGAAAUCUUCAAAAUAAAAGAAAAAAAUGCUUCAGACACUCGUUGAAAGUGUUUCAGUUCUAAUAAAUUUCAUCAUGUCACUAGUUUAUGGAUCUUCUGACAAAGAAAGUGGUGCACUCGAUCAAAUACUGGAUAGAGAUGAAUUAGAAACAUUUGAAAGUAAUAAAAACCGACUGAAGAAACUUUACCAAACAGAAUACAGUUAUAUGAGGUCUCUCUUAUGGAAGUAUAAAAGAAGAGAUUUUCCUCUAAAGCAUUAUUACGUUAAUUUAAAAUUGCAGGAAACAGAUAAUUUUGGUGUUAGUUCAAUUGGUGACAUUCUUGAUAUUAGGGACAUAUUUAGGGAAGUGGAUGAUGGACAUACGAACAUUCUUGUAUGUGGGGAUCCUGGUUAUGGCAAAACUACAUUGUGCAAGAAGAUUGCGUACGAUUGGGCUGUCGAUGAUCCCUCAAACAAUUACUUAAGUCGUUUCGACAUUGUUGCAGUCUUAACAUUAACGGAACUUGAAAGUAAUAAGAAAUUGGAAGAUGCUGUUUUAGAAGAUGUGUUUGAAACUUCAGAACCAGAAAUAAAGAAAAAAUUACGGAGAGCAAAUUUAAAUGUGUUAAUUAUUUUAGAUGAAUACGAUGAUGUUAAUAGAUUUGAUAGAACCAAAAAUUUCUUAAGAAAGGGUUCCUUUGGUAUUUUUCGAAAAUUGACAAUUAUUGUGACGAGUCGUCCUCAUUUUGCCGAAAGAAUAAGAGAAUACAUGAAUUUUCGAUUUGAUCUUCAAGAAUUUUCACCCGAACAGAAGGAAGAAUACGCGAAGUUGGUGUUCAAACAAGAUGUCAAUAAAACACAAACACUCAUCGAAGUAUUACAAAGCGAAUUUUAUUUCUCGUUGGCAAAAAUUCCGUUAUUCUUGCACCUGUUUUGUUGUUUUCAUAGCAAUAGUACAUUAGGAGAUAUACGAAGAUACAAGACAAAUAUGUAUAUUCAUAUAAUGCAAUUGAUUACAAACAGAUCAAAAAGAAAACUUCAGUCAAAUGUCAAUAUGCCGUUAGGAAAUUAUUUUGCUUUGGAAGAAAUUUUAGUUAGGUUAGGAAAGUUAAUUUACGAAAAAAAUACCAGUGAAAAAGUGCUGUUCUAUCCCUUUGAUAAAAAUCUAAAAAUUACAAUCGACGAAUUAAAUGAAUGUGUCGGUGACCGUAAUAAGACUUUUUGUAAAGGUUUGGAUUUUCUUUCUCACGGCUUUGACAAUCAGAAUAAGUUUUUAUUCGAUUGCGUGCACGAGAGCAUCAAAGAAUAUCUCGUCGCCCUGUAUUUGUAUAAGAACCCUGAAGUACCUUUCCUGAAUAUCACAAGCGAUUCUACUGUACCAUGUAUUACAGAGUUUACAACUCAUCACAAUUUUAUUACGUUUUAUUUUGGUUUAUUUAAAAACGAAAAAAUUCCAAAAUCUUGCUUGAAUAAUUUAGAAAAAGGUGUGUUUUCGUUAGACAUUUCGAUAAGGAUAUACAACGAAAUCGUCAGUGAAGAAGACAAGGAAAUAUUUUCGAACACGGUUAAAAUCUACGAAAACUUUUGUAAUUCAUUUAUCAACUAUCCUGUUUGGAGUAUUCCCCCAGAUUUUUCUCAAAUAUACAUAAUUGUGGACAUUUACGAGUCUACAAACGUUACAAUUGAAAAGCUGAACAAACUUCACAAGAGAGUUCACCUUUCCUGUCAAGUGGAAAUUUUUAUAUUUUUGAAAAUUGGAAAAAAGUUCCUUCAACUGAAUGAUGUCAGAGCAAUGAAAAAUGAUUGGAAAAAGUUGGAGAACAUUCGGAAUAUAUUGAGUAAAAGCACGUGGAACAAAUUUAAUAUAUAUUUAUGUGGAAUAUUUCAGGCUCCUUUUUUUAUUGGAUGUGAGAUUGAAGAGAAAAAUCGACUGAUUAUAUAUCCUGCAUAUUUGUUUAAAGCUUUCAGUUGUGUCGAAAAACCUGCACAAAAAUUGUUUGAUGAUUCAAAUCAAUUAUCUUACGAGUUGGUUAGGUUGAAAUUUACUACAGAAGAUGACAACGAACACAAUUGCUUACUUUUAAAGAAGGAUCUGUUUGAAAGUAUAGAGCCCUAUAUAAAAUUAUUUCCGAAUUUAUAACUGCAUACAUUGGAAAAUAAUGAUACUAAAUGAGCCUUUCAAUGCAUUUGUCUGCAGUGUAAUAAACGUAAUGAGAAAUACAAGUUGCAUUAUAUAAAUGAUCUAUCGGCCAAUAAAAUGUUAUUAAUUGAUAUCUAUUAUAAAAGUACAAUUGAUAUGUAACUUUAUUGUGUGACGACAUAAAAGUCAGCAAUAUUUUACCAAAUUACAUUUAUAUAUAGAUUAGUGAUGUAGGUACGUACGUUCAAAAAUAUUCGGUAUCUUAGUUGCUUGUUAGGAGAUUGCAGGCAUUAAGUAGAAUAUUUUUUAAUGUAAAGAAAUACACUUACAACUUUAUAAUUAAAACUAAUAUUUUUAUGCUUAUGUUUUCCUAUAAAGUAUUAAUUUCGGUGAACUCCGGAUGAUUUAAAUGCAAGAGGGCCUUGGUAUAUGUU